UUCUUGGACUUCGUUAGUCUCUCAGUAGCUGACUGAUACAUGUGCUUUAAACUUUCUCAUAUCGCGAUGCAACUGCACUAGUUACUUGUACUUGUGAGAUUGCUAGUGAAUGUGAUACAAGUGGAACUUGGUGAUUUUCAUACUAUUUUCAAUAUGUGGAUUACUUUUGCUGUGCUGUGUUGUCUUGCAGCUUUAACACAAAGCGCAGAAGAUCACAAAACUAAACCGAAAGAAGAUUCGAGAGGAAAAAGAACACUGCAAUAUCAAAUAGCUCACCACUAUUCUGGGCCAUACAACUAUCGCUCAGAACGUAGGAUUUCCAAUGGUCCUCACUUUUACCAACCGCAAUUCCAUUCUGGUCCUAGGUCCUAUUCGUCUUACUACAAAGGUAGAUCUCGUUCUCUUCCUGUACCUCCAUAUGCGGUUCAAAUGGAACCGUUAGUCCAUUACUCUCAAAGAGAUCCUUUAUACGAUACUAACACUUUAUCCCUACAUACAGAUGGCCGCUAUGACCAAUCGAAAACACUCGAUGAUCUACAAACGGAACAUAAUCACUUAUCUGAACAUUCCUAUUACCCACCACGAGCUAAAAUUAUUGAGAAGCCUGUGUACAUCAAAGAACCAGAGCCUAUCAUUGAAAUCAUCAUCAAGGAAUCCAAUGUUACACUUCCACCACCUCCUACACCUCCACCAACGCUACCACCAAAGAAGAAGAAGGAACAGGUGCAUGUUUUCUACGUCAAGUACAAGAAAAAUCCCAAUGGAUAUGGUAAAGAUAGUAUAAUUUACGAUAAACCGAUUCCUGCUAUAUCUCCAACAUCAGCAACAGAAGAAGAGGAGGAGCAACCACAGCCUGCAUACUAUCCAGAACCAAUAGUAACUCAGCCUCCACCACCAUCGACAACAUUAAGAACUAUAAUUAAGCCAGACUCAGAAGUAUAUCAUGGACCAAGCGGCAUUAAAGUUACUUUUGGGAAAGAAAGUUUCGAUUACCAUAAGCGACAAAGUAAACCGGAAGAUUACAAUAAACCUAUUGAAGAUAUAAAAUUCCCCUCCUCCCAGCAAGACAAAAGUUUUCCUUCAUUUUCUUCCCACCAUCAAGGAAGAGAACUAUCUUUUUCAUCCAGUGGUUUUGAAGGCCCUAAUGGUUUCGAACGACAAAGUAAUUUCGAUAGACAAAACCCAUUCGAUAAUAGAAGACCUUUAUCACCUGUUGCCAACAUCAGACCAACACAUUUUCAAAGACAACCGCAAGCGUACAGACCUUUUUCAAAUGCAUAUAAAACACCACCAGCUUCACAAUUUUCGAGACCUCAAUCUGGCCCUUCAGAAUAUUCGACGAUACCGAAAUCCGUUUAUCAAUCUCAACCAAAUCAAAAUAAACCUCCACCAUCAUUUCCACCUAAGCUGCCAUUCCCCCAAUUCAAUUCUCAAUACAGUACCUUACCGCAAUUUGAACAGCCAAGGAAGCCAGUUCCCUAUACACCAUUCGAAACCUUCAAGAACUCCCAGAGGCCUAGAGAACAAAUUCCAUUCAAACCACAACAUUCAUUUACCUCUCCUCCUCAAACCCCAGAACAACCUAAAUUCAACCAGCAACAAAAUCUUCAACCGAACCCAAUUCCAAAUUACAAAACCAUCCCUGAUGCUCGACCACUCAAACAGUUCCAAAACUUCAGAGAUGGACCACAUAUUCAUCAUCAACCACAAUUCAGUGAAGAAUCGAAAUUCAAUCAGAAACCACCAGUUCCCACGUCACCAGACUCAAAUUUUCAUUCUCCACAAAAGCAAACAUUCCAACAACAACCAGAUACUUUGAAACAAUUUCCAAGUUUCCAGUUACAUCCUCAGGUACAAGAUCAAAAUCAACAAUCUCCUCAACCAAUCCCUAAAUUCAACUCCAACCAGUUUGGAAAUUUUCCAAGUUUCCCAGUUCAUAGUGGUUUUGAACAAUUGCAACAAAACUCUUUUCCUAGAAUAAAUCAAAACUCUCCAAGUGUUAAUCAAUUCCCACUUACAUCGUUCAAUCAAGGCGAACCUCAAACAAACUUGAAUGGAAAUUCUCUACAUCAAGACUUUCACGUGAAUACAUUCCAACAGGUGCAAACUCUGGCACCAGGAGGAAGUCAAUUGAUUGCAGCUAUUCCAAGAUUCGAACAACACAUUUCUUCUAUUGAACCGUCUCCUCCACAGAGGCAUGUACAAAAUUCUGUAAGUAAUUUGCAAGGACCACAACAAAACUUUGUGUACCAGCAACCCCAAGUUGCACAGUCAAAUAUUCACAAACAAACAGCAAGGCCUCAACAGGGUGUAACGAAAACAACGUAUAGUAACAACUUUGACAACUUGCAAGAACAAUAUCGACAAGCUAAUAGGUUACAAGAAAACAUUAGAAACGGAGUAAAUUACCACGCUAACCACGAUGUUGUUGAUUACACAAGCCAUAAACCUCCAACAACUUAUCAAACUACGCAAAGAACUAUCAGUGUAACGUCUAAAACAACUACCACUACUGCUGAACCAGAAAAACCCUCUACAACAACAAAGGAUCCUAAAAUUUUGAAUGCUCAGUUGCCGGAUGAAGUCCCGGAUGAUUUGAGGCAACAAUUAUUGUCAUCUGGAAUUUUGAACAAUGCCGAUAUAUCAGUAUUAGAUUACGACAAAGUAGGAGAUAUUCCUCUGAGCGCCCUACCACCAGAUCAACUAGCUAAUUUUUUCAACGCGGGCGGCGCUCAGCAAAUUGCUGGGAGUGAGCAGAUUCCGCAAUACGCUACGAAAGAAGGAGAUAUUUUAGAUAAAUCAUUCGACGAAGGAAGUGAAGAUGACCAGGAAAUAGCUGCAUCUGAGAAUCACGAAGUAAGAGAGAAACCAGAAGUUCAGAUGAAAGUGGUUCAUUAUGACCCCCUUACAGAGCAAGGCCAACAGGUCCAAAAUUCUUACGUAAAUCAAGAUGCUACGCAAGUCAGCCCGGUGGCACUGAAUGAUCAUAAAUAUAAUCGAUAUUUGCCACUUAAAGUGAAUGGUGCUCAAUUUCCCAUACCAGAUGUACCAGAAUUAAAAGAUAAAAAAAUCAAUAGUGUGGUAGUCCUGGCUCCAAUUAAUUUCGAUUAUAACCCAAGCCGAUCCACAAGAGAUGCUAAAAAUAAAGAUUUCGAUUUCGUAAGAGAUGAAAACUUGAGGGAACUAUUGAAGAACCCUACCAUAGAAAAUUAUAAAAAAUUUCUGGAUAACGAAUCGAAAAGAAAAAGCGAGCAACAGGCAGUUAUUCUUCUGGUUACAGGAUCAGAAGACGUCAAUAGAGAAAUCUUUAUGUACGAUGUCGGCAACAAAACCGUUAGUAAGUUAGAUGGCAGCUUAUCAGCAGCAUUUGUGAAAGCAGCAGAAGAAAACGAUACAUCCCCUAAUGAACCAACAGAAGAAAACCGUUCAGAAGAAUCAAUCGCUUACAUCAAGAAGCAAGAAGAGGCUAGUCAACAUAAAUAAAAGUAUUGAAAUUUGAACAAGUAUUCCUGGAUAUAAUUUAUUUUCACAAUUGAUAUUUUUAUUUUAUCAUUAUUUAUAUUUUAAAUUUGUAUUUCUUUUUAUGUAAAUAUUGUGGUUGAAGUUGAUUCAAUAUUGAAUUUGAUAUUGGAAAUCCCAUUUUAUGAAUCCAUGAAUUUCAUGGUAUCUGGAUGAUAUUUUAUUGACUUUCUAUUUUUGUACAGUGUAAUAUAAUUCAGAAUAUGCAAUUUUUACUUUUGUAAUAAAAACACAGAAGAAAAUAA